GCAGAGACGGUAGAGACGGAGGAGGCGCCCGCGGCUGCAGAGCUGCAGAGCGGGGUCUCGCGGCCCUCGGCGUCCCAGUCCUGCGCACACAGCUGGCCAAACACCAAUUCAUUCUUCUGGCGCGGCCGACAGGGCCCCUGCGGUCGGCAAGCUGGCUCCCCGAGUGGCCACCGGGACCCCCGAGCCCAAUGGCGGGGGCGGCAGCAAAAUCGACAGCACCGUAGAGAUCGCCCCCAACGCCAACGGAGUCGGGAGCCUCGGAGAUGCGGUGCCCCCAGAGCAGCUGCAGGGUGAGCGGGAGCGCCGGAGGGAGGGGGAGGGCGACGCGCUGGGCAGCAGCCUGUCGCUGGCCGCGCCCCCGGGCCCCCUCAGCUUCGAGGCCCUGCUCGCCCAGGUGGGGGCGCUGGGUGGCGGCCAGCAGCUGCAGCUCGGCCUGUGCUGCCUACCCGUGCUCUUCGUGGCGCUGGGCAUGGCCUCAGACCCCAUCUUCACGCUGGCGCCCCCGCUGCACUGCCACUACGGCGCCUUGCCCCCCAACGCUUCGAGCUGGGAGCAGCCCCCCAACGCCAGCGGCGUCAGCGUCGCCGGAGCGGCCCUAGCAGCCAGCGCCGCCAGCCGAGUCGUCACCAGUACCGACCCUUCGUGUAGUGGCUUCGCUCCGCCGGACUUCAACCAUUGCCUGAAGGACUGGGACUAUAACGGACUACCAGUGCUCACCACCAAUGCCAUCGGCCAGUGGGAUCUGGUGUGUGACCUGGGCUGGCAGGUGAUCCUGGAGCAGAUCCUCUUCAUCUUGGGCUUCGCCUCCGGCUACCUGUUCCUCGGUUACCCCGCGGACAGGUUUGGCCGCCGUGGAAUUGUGCUGCUGACCUUGGGGCUUGUGGGCCCCUGUGGUGUGGGAGGAGCUGCUGCAGGCUCUUCCACUGGCAUCAUGGUUCUUCGAUUCCUCCUGGGCUUCCUGCUAGCUGGUGUUGACCUUGGUGUCUACCUGAUGCGCCUGGAGCUGUGCGACCCAACCCAGAGGCUUCGGGUGGCCCUGGCAGGGGAGUUGGUAGGGGUGGGAGGGCACUUCCUGUUCCUGGGCCUGGCCCUUGUCUCUAAGGACUGGCGAUUUCUACAGCGAAUGAUCACCGCUCCUUGCAUCCUCUUCCUGUUUUAUGGGUCAGUAUCACCCUUCACCUGUGGCCUGCUUCUUCCCAUCUUUACCUCCAGUGUAGUCCCUAGUCCCCACCAACUGCCCAGUUCCUCAGAGGGGGUAGGGUCCCAUCCCGGGGUACAGAGAAGGAAGGCUUCACAGUAUACUCUACCGCCUGCCCGUAGCUGGCCUGGUCUGUUUCUGGAGUCCGCACGGUGGCUGAUCGUGAAGCGACAAAUUGAGGAAGCCCAGUCUGUGCUGAGGAUCCUGGCUGAGCGGAACCGGCCCCAUGGGCAGAUGCUAGGAGAAGAGGCCCAGGAAGCCUUACAGGAACUGGAGAAUACCUGCCCUCUCCCUACAACAUCCACCUUUUCCUUCGCGUCCCUCCUCAACCACCGCAACCUCUGGAAGAAUCUGCUUAUCCUGGGCUUCACCAACUUCAUUGCCCACGCCAUUCGCCACUGCUACCAGCCUGUGGGAGGAGGAGGGAGCCCGUCAGACUUCUACUUGGGUUCUCUGCUAGCCAGUGGCACGGCAGCCCUGGCCUGUGUCUUCCUGGGGGUCACCGUGGACCGUUUCGGCCGCCGGGGCAUCCUGCUUCUCUCAAUGACUCUCACAGGCAUUGCCUCCCUGGUCCUGCUGGGCCUGUGGGAUUAUCUGAACGACGCUGCCAUCACCACCUUCUCUGUCCUUGGACUCUUCUCCUCCCAAGCUUCUGCCAUCCUCAGUACCCUCCUUGCUGCUGAAGUCAUCCCAACCACUGUGCGGGGCCGUGGCCUGGGCCUAAUCAUGGCACUUGGGGCGCUCGGGGGGCUGAGCUGUCCAGCACAGCGGCUCCACAUGGGCCAUGGAGCCUUCCUGCAGCAUGUGGUACUGGCGGCCUGUGCUCUUCUCUGCAUCCUCAGCAUCAUGCUGCUGCCCGAGACCAAGCGCAAGCUUCUGCCAGAGGUACUCCGGGAUGGGGAGCUGUGCCGUCGGCCUUCCCUGCUGAGGCAGCCACCACCUAACCGCUGUGACCAUGUCCCACUGCUGGCCACUCCUAACCCUGCCCUCUAAACAGCCUCUGAGCACCCUGGUGGGAGGCUGGCCGAACAGAAAGGCGACAAAGGGCCCUAGCAAGGUAGACAGGAAGGCAAGGCUGCCCCCCACAAAAGGUUCAAAGGCACCUCACUCCAGCCAUCUAGGAGAGCUCAGAGGGCCGGUCCCCAACCCCAGUUCCUCCCUGCUGCUUUCUGUGCUUUGUCAGCAAACAUCAGUAUGGGGUGGGCAGAGCAUCACACUAUAACCCCCUUAGGUCUGGGCUCCAUCCUGUGCCCAAAGACAGCUUCCCAGACCUCACUCUCUCUCGCUCUUUCAUUCUGUUUCAAUAAAAGACAUUUUGAGUAAAUGAGCAUA